AUGUUGCACGACAAUGUCCCAGCGAGGCCUAAGGGGGAAAAAACUGGGAGCAGAAUGGCUGCGUGUAAGGGCUGUACACAGAGAACGCGCGUGAUUGGGGUCAAGAAACCGGCAGGCUGGGGUAGCGGCUUGGGGCUGGGGAAAUCCAGGCAGGCACAUACGACGAGGCCGAAACGCGAGGGCUGGUGUAGCCUGGGUGUAGCUUUUCGUCGUCUGAAGACUUCUAACGUGAAGAUGCUGAAGGGUGGCGCUUACGUCUCUUCGCCUAUUUUCGAGGCAACUUUUCAACUUCAGGCUAUCGCAAUUCCCGUGCUAAGUACGAUGCCCGCUGUAGGACAGGAAGACCGUGGCCCAAGCCUAAAGCUCCCAGGUUGGAUGUGGUCUCCUCCUCACAUCGACAAAAUGGCCCCCCUCACCCUCCCUCCCUCGAGAAAUGGCGAACGGCCUCCUCCCUCGAAGAGCGGAUCGGCGGCAGUUCGGACUCUCGAAAUACGGAACGUCCUCGUUUGCGUGGAAAAAGAUCAGCGUGACCGAUCUAUGACGAGAGAUCUCGGUAAGGGAAGGAGGCACCGACCUGCACCUGCCACCGACGGGAAGAGGAAAGCGUCACCAGGCCUCAUCCGAACAGCCCUCGCGCGGAUGGUGGCGACAAGGGAAACAAACAUGCUGCAAAAAAACCCAUCCACUGAAGAUGAAAGUGGGAACAGCAUGAACCAAACAGAGGCGGAGAAGGCAAAUGGGAGGAGGAGGGGCGGAAUUCACACAGAUCAACAACUCGCAUCACGGCUUGAAGCGGAGGAGACUGCACAGGACUGCGCAGGAUCAUAA